AUGGCGACACUUUCAGCAUUUCUGGUACAAGCCCGGGAAGCACUAGCUAAUCGGCCGGUGCCUGCCGAGGGAAGUGGCAACAAUGGCGGCUCCAGCAGGCCGUUGACGUUCGUGGUGGGGAAUGAAUCGGCUGAUCUCGACUCGCUCUGUUCAGCCCUCGUGUUGGCAUACUUCAAGUCCCAAGCACCAUCAUCAACACCUGGCCAAGGCGGCCGGCUUUCCAACUUGCACAUCCCGCUCUGUAACAUCCCCCGCGCAGACCUGGCGCUGAGGCCCGAGUUCUCGGCAGUCCUGCGAGAAGCAAACGUCACGCCCGACGAGGUCAUCACCCUAGACGACUUGCCUUCCCCUUUCCCUUCCCCUGAUGACGACAAUGUCGCCGCUACCCGGCGGCAGGAGCCAAAUGGCGAGAUACCUCCACCACGGCGGCGGGAGAUAGACCCCGGGAUGACCCGCUGGAUCCUGGUCGACCACAAUGUCCUCACGGGCCGGCUCGCCCGGGACUUUCUGUCCGGGUCCGGGCGGCGGGACGAUGACAGGACGGGCAAGGUGGUCGGGUGCAUCGACCACCACGAGGACGAGGGCCGCUUGCCGGCGGACUGCGAGCCCAGGGUGGUGGAGAAGAGCGGGAGCUGUAUGAGCCUUGUCGUCGAGCACUGCAAGCCGGUCUGGGAAGCCCUUUCGUCGUUGUCGUCGUCAUCCGGAGAACAAGAGCAUGCCGCGAAAGGCGACACUGGCGAUGCCCGGGACGAGACCACGAGGCAACAGCUAGACGACCAGCUCGCGCGCCUCGUCCUGGCGCCGAUCGUCAUCGACACCAACAACCUGCGCGACGGGAACAAGACGACCGACCACGACACGGGUGUCGUGCGGUACCUCGAGGAGACCAAGCUGCACCACCACCGGCGCAAGGGCGAUCCAGAUGCUGGCGGUGGCGGCGGUGGCGGCGGUGGCGGUGGUGAUGACGAGGGAUUUGACCGCGCCGCGUACUUUGAGCGCAUCUCGCGCCUCAAGAACGACAUUUCGCAAAUGUCGCUGCGCGACAUCCUGCGCAAGGACUACAAGGAGUGGACCGAGGCCGCCUCGCCUGCUUCUGCGACAGGCACGAACACGACAACAGCGCAACAGCUGCGCCUCGGCACAAUGUCGGUGCCCCAGCCGCUCGCGUACCUGCUCGAACACACCUGCCACAACGACACGGCCCUGUUCCUCGGGGGCCUGCGGGAGUGGGCCGACGAGAAGGAGCUCGAUGUGGCAAGCAUCAUGACCGCGUACGAGGACCCGGAGAGCGGCGGGUUCAAGAGGGACUUGCUCGUCUGGGCUCCUCCUCGUCCUUCUUCAGGACAAAGUACCGUCGCCGCUGCUGGAAUCGCCGCUGUGAGGAAAUUUGUAGAGGACCACGAGGACACGCUCAAGUUGAUACCCUGGCAGGACGGACGUUUGGACUCGACUCCGGGCGACAGUGGUGUUGGUGGUGGUGGUGGUGGUGGCGACGGUGCAGAGGACGGAUUCAGGAGGUGCUGGACCCAGGGCACGCUCAAGAACAGCCGGAAGCAGAUCGCACCCAUGCUGCGCGAGGCUAUGCGGAGUGUUUUGGGGUGA